AUGGCCAGCCCAGAGAUUCAUUGGCCAAACCAAUCAUCUCUCCAUGAUUCAAUUAACGAAGAAGGACAGAGCCCCUCGCGUUCGGGCUCGGAUCGAGAGGAACUAAUCACAUUUGUCGUGGAAGGCGUGAUCCUCACCAUUGUGUCCUCGGUGGGAUUGGUGGGGAACUUCAUGUCCAUCUUUGUGCUCAUCCAAGUGAAAAAUGUCCAGAAAGCCUUCUCGAACCUUUUGCUCGGGUUGGCCUGUUUUGACACCCUAUUUCUGUGGGUGGCCAUUCUCGCAUUUGGUUUGCCCAAUCUCUCUAAUUGGUACAAGGAGACCGUGUUCCUGCCCAUUAUGGCGAUUACUUUUGGCCUGUUGCACACUUUCCGAGUGGGAUCAGUGUUUGUGACGCUCUCCGUUAACUUUGAACGGUUCUACGCCAUUGUAUUCCCCCUGAAGCAUUUCGGUUGCAAGCGCUACUUAUUGCCCGCUUCCAUUCUCUUGACCGUGGUGUACAACAUCCCCAAAUUCUUCGAGAUGGAGCUCCAUCAAGAUAAAGAGACGAACAUGUCCUCCAUCCAAACCACAGAACUACGACGAAACCCCAUGUACAUGUCCUUGUACGUGUUCUGGAGCAAAUUCAUCUUCAUUGAGAUCAUCCCGUACAUAAUAAUUAUGAUUUGCAAUACGUUCAUCAUCUUCAAGAUCACAAAGUCGGCGCGUUUUCGGAACAGCUUCAAGCACAAAGACACGCCGGAAACGAGCAUUUUACUCAUCACGCGGCGAGGCCGCCCGCGGCUCCGAAAGACCCCCACCAUGAUGUCCGAGUCCUCCUCGCAGCAGCCUUUCCGUCGCCAAAAAGAGGAGCAUAAUCUCGGCAUCAUUCUGAUCUCCAUGUCCACGCUUUUCAUUAUUUGCCAGUCGCUCAAGAUUAUCCCAGAUUUGUAUGAGUUGAUCUGGUGCAAUCAGGAUCCUGACACUGAGGAGUGCCACUUUAACACGCUCACCUCGGGCAUCAUUCGGAUCUCGCACCUCUUGGUGUGCUUCAAUUCCGCAGCAAACUUUGUGGUCUAUUACGUCAGUGGGAGAAAAUUCCGCAAAGCCUGGCUCGACUUGUACGGGCCGUGCUUUGGCCGCAGACGAUCUCGCGGGAUGCCCAUUGAAAUCCCAGCCACCUCGGCUCACACGGGGGAUGUGCCCACCAUGCUCAGAAAGAACUUUCAUCGGAACCAUCAACGAUUUGCCGACUCGGUCACAAGUACGUUCGGCAAAGAUGGUUACGAGGCUGAGACCGGCUUGCUUCGCCGCUCGCCGCUUCAACUCCAGUCAACGCCUCCCAACCGUCGGUCCUCGAUCGAGGCCCUCAGGGAUUUUCUGAUCAAGCCAGUCAAACAGAGAUCAUGUUUGAAUGGUCCGACUGGUUUUGCAUUGGCCCAAUGGAACAACCAUUCAGGAUCGAACGUGACAAGUUGCACAGAUGUCGUCGAACCCAAUGGAAACCCGAACACCAAGCCCAAACAGUCCCAACCGCCACCUAAACGUCCCGAUCGCUCUUUCAGCACCAACAAUGUAGCAGAGCCAAAUCUGAGGAUUGAAGAAAACCCAUUAUUUGAUUAA